AUGCGUUCGAGAUUCUCGCACGCGAGCCUCUGGCACUCGGGCAGCGUUACCCUCCCCGAAAAGAGCCUUGUCAUCCCGUUCGCCGGGCGCGUCGGAGCGAACCAGGAAUUUGCACUUGGGGAAAAAAACAGCCGCGCGCGCGCAGAAAUCUUGCAAAAAUUCCCGGAUGCCGCCCCCUGGAUUCCAGUCCGCGAUGCCCUAUCACUAAACGGGUUUCUCCAGAUCGAGCUGUGGAAGGCGGCGGCGAUGGAGGCCAUCGCGAGUUGCUUGCUCAUCUAUCUAACAUGUUUUGCGGCUAUUGGGUUAGGACAGGUGGCUCCUGCUUUUUCUUCCGGCCCUGUAGUUCCAGGACUGAUCGGGGGCCUCACAGCACUGGUGGCCCUCCCUCUCUUUAUCUACUCUGCGGGCCCAGUCUCCGGUGCACAUAUUAACCCUACGAUUACCAUUACAACAUUCUUCAGCCGACUCUGCUCGCUACCACGCGCAGUCCUCUACAUAUCCUUCCAAACACUCGGAGGUACAAUCGCUGGCUUCCUUUUACGAGCUAGUAUGGACACGAGAUCUUUUAUCGUCCCCGGCUGCUACAUUGAUACGUCGAUGAUCUCCCUCAGCAGCGCAUUCACAAUCGAAGUGACAACCAACUUCGCCAUGGUCUUUCUCUCCUUCGGGGUUGGUCUCGACCCUCGGCAGCGCGAAGUCUUUGGCCCGGCUCUCGGCCCGAUCUUCGUCGGCCUCAUCGUCGGCAUGUGCUCGUUCUUCACCGGCGUCAGCCGUGACGGAUACACGGGAUUCUCCGGGAAUCCAGCCCGAUGCUUUGGCGCGAUGGUCGGUUCCCAUUUCAGCUCCUACCACUGGAUCCACUGGAUCGGGCCGCUGACGGCGGCCAUUUUGCACGGGGUGCUGUAUUUCCUCGUGCCGCCCUUUUCAAGGGAGGAGGUUGUUACUGCGCGGAAGAUUGAUGAGAGCGAUGAGUCUUAG